AACUCUCAAGCAGGGACUUCUCAGGAGGGCGUGAACACAUAAAUCAUCUUCUUUGAGUUUUUUGCGCGCAGCUCUCUCUAUCUUCCUCAGCGACAAGGUAUGCAACGGGUUAAAGAGCGGGGCUUCAGAGUCCUCCUCUCAUGUUAGCCACGAUGAACAAAUGAACUCUUGGGGAAUGAAAUUUAAAUUCCAUAAAGGAGAAAAAGUUCUCUGUUUUGAACCUGACCCAUCCAAGGCCAAGGUGCUCUACGAUGCAAAGGUUGUUGACAUCGCAGCAGUAAAAGAUGACAAGGGAAAAAGAGUCCCAAAGUAUCUGAUUCAUUUCAAUGGUUGGAACAGAAGUUGGGAUCGCUGGGCUGCAGAGGAUCAUGUGCUCAGAGAUUCUGAAAAUAAUCGCAAAUUACAACGUAAACUGGCACGCAAAGCUUUGGCUCGCAUGAGGAAAAAGGGAUGGAAGAAGCGACGCUGUCGUCUACCAGGUGUUAACCCAAUCUUGAAGUCCCUCACUGAAGAGGAAAAGGAGAAGAGUGAUGAUGCUUCUUUGAUCUCGCCAUCUGAUGAUAGUGACAAAGACAUUUCAGACCAGGAGUCCUUAAAAAGUGAGAGUGACUCAUCGGAGGAUAUGAACAGUAUGAGAGAAGAGCAGGAGCCACAGACCAAAAGGGAGAGUGAAGACAAGAGCAUCACUGUAAACAUUGACAUCCCUGAUGUUCUCAAGAAGAAGCUGGAGGACGACUGUUACUAUAUCAACAAAAGAAAGAAGCUGGUGAAGCUUCCAUGCCUGAUGAAUAUAGUAAACAUUCUGGAGUCCUAUGUGAAGCACUUCACCCUAAAUGCAGCUUUCUCAGCUAAUGAGCGCUGUCGGCACCCUCAGAGCUCCACGCAGGCUAAUAUGAGUCCACACUAUAUGCCACCUGAGAGGAACGAGGAACUCUGUAAAGAAAUGGUGGAUGGUUUGAGGAUCACAUUUGACUUUACCCUUCCACUGAUCCUACUGUACCCAAACGAACAAGCUCAGUUCAAAAAAGUCAGCUCCUCCAAGUUCUUCCAGCCAAUUAUUGACAGCGCAACCUGCACCAGCAGAACUUUCAGAGAACGUUCCCCCAGUCCUGGCCAGAAUCCCUCCACCCCCCAGUCCACAGACAGCCAACCAGCUCUGAGUGAAUCUUCCAGUGUCCCUGUCAUUAUGGCGACCCCACCUAAGCGCAGACGCUGUGCCUACCUGGAUUCCGAUGCCACACAAUCUUUGCGUCGCUCAACGCGCAAUACAUCUGGAGGGGAUCGGGCAGCAGAGACUGGGGGCGGAGGCAGCAGCAAUGCCUCUCCUCAACCAAAGCGAAGGCCUGCUGAGGUGCAGGCACCACUACCCAAGUUCUUCCUGAACCUAGAAAAGAAGACUCCCGUUCACAGUGGCUCCUCCUCUCCUUUGCCCUUGACACCCAGCAGGGAUUGCACUGGAGGGCUUUUCUCAGGGCUGGAAACCCAGAGGAACUACGAACUAAAUGAGGUUCUGAGCUGGAGAUUGACGCCAGAUAACUACCCUCAGAGUGACCAGCUUCCCCCUCCUUCUUACCUCUAUGGCGCUCAGCACCUGCUCCGGCUAUUUGUUAAACUUCCAGAAAUCUUGAGGAAGAUGCACAUACCAGAAAAGAACCUGAGGGCACUAGUGAAACAUUUCGAGCUUUUCCUCAGGUUUUUGGCAGAGUUUCAUGAGGACUUCUUUCCAGAGUCUGCAUAUGUGUCUGCAACUGAAGCCCAUUACAGCAUGAAGCAACCACGCUCAGUCUUCUAAGAAUCCUUUAAAGAGAGUUUAUUUUCUGCUGAGCUCCUCUGAACGUCUGGUCCACCCCUGACAUUGAACCUUGAGCUUAUGUUCUUUAUGUUCUUGCUUCAAAUUUUAUAAAUUUCCCUGGAGUGUUUCACCUGGCCAUUUCUAACUAUUAAUUUGCAAUGACAACUUUAUUGACAAUCUUUUUUGCUAUUGUUUAGUUUUUUUUUUUUUUUAAAGCAUUUUGAAUUUAGUUGCGCAAAAUAAUCAUUUUCUUGUUUUCUAGUUUUUCUAUGCUAUAUGAAGCCGCCAUUACCUCAAACUUGUGCUCGUUUUUUUUUUUUUUUGCAUCUAAAAUGGAUCAUCUAACAUUUGCCUUAGUUAUCUUUAUUUUGCUUGUCCCUUCUCUCUCCUUCCUCUGCAUGUGCUUAAAACAAGGAAUUGCACAAAAGCAAGAUGUUUAAUGCACAUUUAUCCACUUUGCCACACAGAAUUGUUGUGGUAACAUUGUGUUAAUAAUGCAUUUUUAUUAUGAGCUCCAUUGAUAAUUGCUUUGUCAUUCAUUCACUCACAAAAUAUAUUUGCUUUAUUGUACAUUACUGUAUAUAAAGUUCUCAGUGGUACAAGGUUUCAUCUCUUUUCUUUCUGUGAAAGUAGGUCAAGGCUGUUUUAUUCAUAUUUUUUUCCAUUAUUCCUAAUAACUAAGUUUAUUAUUCCCAAGUGUUCCUGUUUCUGUGUAUUCUGUGGUGACUUGUCGAUUAUCAAAGCCACAGUUACUUAUUAUGGUGGUGCUUAAUUUCUCAAUACAUUAUUCAAACAUUUGUUUCCAGUGUUUUAAAGACUGGAAAAUACUUGUUUUGUUGCAGCCUUUCAUUGGCAUUAAUUUCAAUUGUUAAAGAACUCUUUAAAAACAGGUAAACUAAUUAUGGAAUCACUUGUGUGUAAACAUCAUGUGCAAAACUAUUUUAUAACGUUUUUGUAUUACUGAAUUUGUAUUUCCACAAAUCUAAAUCUAGAGUCAUGUCUAUAGGUUUGUCAACAUCUGUGAUGACAGGCAAGGUUGUGCCCCAUUCUUUAUUUAAAGUAGCGUUUCUUAAUGGGGAUGCCCUCAGUUUUCUGUAGUGCAGCUGCCAAACCUAUGGAAUGCCAAAGCUGUCAAAAUAAUAAAUAUACAAAUAAAUAUUAACAAAAUAAAUACGUGCAUAAAUAUACAAAGAAAUGCAAAUAAAUAAAUCUCUAAAUUUC